AUGAGCGACGAAUUGACGUACGAAAUCGUGCAGCUCAUCGCAGCUGCACGUACUGCCGUCGGAGGAUCAUCAGCGGAAGGCGGCGAAAUCAAACCACGACCAAUCGAAAAGGUUCAGCCGAAUGUCGUACACAUUGAGACAAUCAUUGUACAUUCAUCAUGCGGCGAGAAAUGUUCACGUGCGGUUCCGAUUGAGUUGUGGACGAUUCGUCGUGAAUGGAAUUCACAACAGACGAUGGAAUUCUAA